AUGUCGAUCGCGCACUACAUCAAUCCCGAAUCCGCCUCUUUCUCCGAGCUCUACAAGAAUCGUCGCGGCUGCCGGUACACCCGGGGCUACUCCGUUCCGCUGGAGAGCUUCCGUGGCGAGGAGUUAUCGGAUCAUUUGGACCGUGGGCUGAUCAAGAGGAGGUCCAGCAAGGAGGCCCCGAACUGGGACGGCCUACAAGAGAUCUUUUGGUCGCCCUUCUCCCUCCUGUUGGUCUUCGUGCCGCUCGGGUUCCUCUCUGCCACCCACGAGUGGGGCGAUGGUUGGAUAUUUAUCUUGAACUUUAUAGCCUUGCUGCCGUUGGCGAAGCUCUUAGGGGAUGCCACCGAGGAGCUUGCGGUGGCCAUCAAGAACGAUGCAGUAGCUGGGAUGCUGAACGCCACCUUUGGCAACAUCGUUGAGAUGAUGAUCACGCUCAACACGCUGCGAUCCAAGAAGAUGCCAGUUCCAGAGAGGACCAAUGUGGUGAAGAGCACCCUGUUGGGCUCGAUUCUCUCAAACCUCUUGCUGGUGCUUGGGAUGUCUUUCUGCUUCGGCGGGCUGACGCAGGUGAAGGUGCAAGCUGCGACUGCGAUGGUCGGAGGAGAAAAGGAGCAGAAGUUUGCCAUGAAGGGUGUCACUAUGCAAAUGGGGCUGUUGGUAUUUUGCUGCAUGUCCUUCGCGCUGCCCACGUUGUUUGCACAAGGAUACGAGGAUGACUGA